CCCACACCCUCUUUCUCCUCUCCUUUUAAGGCUUUACCUCCCCCGCUGACAAACAAAAACCAUUCUUCCAAGAAGCUUACUUAUUUUCAGCCACUUCAAUUUAUGCUAGUGUUGCUGCCCUGCUGGUGGUCAUGCAAGGUGCCCGGCGAUAUGGGUUGCUGUCGGAUGGCGGAGUAAGGCUAGAGCUGACGCCAUCCACCGGUUCUCCGCUGGCUAUAGACGUGAGCGAGUCGACUGAGAUGAGAAUCCAGCGGCUGAUAUCGGAAAACCCGGUGAUCAUCUUUAGCCGCUCUUCUUGUUGCAUGUGCCACGUUAUGAGACGUUUGCUAGCUGCCAUCGGGGUCCACCCUACCGUCAUAGAAUUAGACGAGGACGAGAUCGACGCACUUCCCGCCGGACGGGAUGGUGAAGAGGGCGGAGAUGGUGCUGGUGGUGGUGGUAGUGGUGGUGCGCCGGCGUUGUUCAUUGGCGGAACACGUAUUGGUGGUUGGGAAAGCCUGGUGGCACUUCACUUAAGCGGUCAUCUUGUGCCUAAGCUCGUGGAAGUUGGUGCUCUUAGGGAUAUGGUAUUAUGAUUAUACUAAGUAGUACUACUAUUAAUUACUAUACUAUAUUUUCAUGUUUGUUUUGGGGACAUUUAACGGGAAGAAGCAAAAAAAUAUGUCUGUAAUUUAAGCUCAAGUUGAAGUCCCCCUAG